GCGCGUUUUAAGUGCUUCGCCUGUUGGUGGCGGUAUUGCACAGUUAGGCUGCUGUUGCGGCAAGACAGAAGAAGAAAGACGGAAGUGUGUGUGUGUGUGUCAAACAGCGGCAUGUUGUUGAGGAGAAUGUGAACUUCUCUCAUCUUCCCGUUGUAUAAACUUUCUGCCAUGACGUUUUUCUUCAGAAGAACAAAGUUUCACAUCUGAUUGAGUCAUUUCUCUUCCAGUCUGUGGCUUUUAUUCAUGGAAAUGGCGUCUGACAGACAUCACUGCUCGUGUUGUUCGCACCCAGCCUCCUCUCCCAGUGUUUACCAGACGAUACAUGAAAUGGAUUUUGAACGAGGUAUCUGGUCUGCUGCAGUGGAUGGAAACUUGGACAGGGUUGUGUCAAUAGUCCAGAAGGGCACAGACCCAAACCUGAGAGACUCAUCUGGAUACACAGCCCUGCACUAUGCAAGUCGAAGCGGUCAUUUUGCUGUAUGCAAAUUCCUACUUGAGAGCGGAGGCUGUGCGUCUCCUCAGACACCAGGUGGUGCCACACCUCUGCACAGAUCGGCUUACUGCGGCCACCUGGACGUCGUUGGACUCCUCCUGCGACACCAGGCAGAUCCGACAGUUUGCGACGAUGACGGCGCGUCCCCUUUACACAAGGCUGCAGAACGGGGUCACGAGGAGGUGUGUCGGCUGCUUCUUGAACACUGUCCAGCACUUUGCAGCCAGAUGAACAAGAGGCUCCAGCUCCCCCACCAGCUGGCACAACAGGGAGCUCUGCAGGAGCUCUUAAAGGCACCGCGGUGA